UUGUCGUCCAUAUCGGAUUGUUUAUCCGGUGAUGUUCCCUUGAACCGGGACCAAAUCAACUGGCCACAGCAACUAAAGCUGGGAGUGGGAAGAUGAACGAUCUGUGAAGGUAGUUUUGGGGGGAAAAACGUACCGUUGGAUUACUUGUUAAAUAAUCAUUAUUCAUCAUGAAGGUGGGCUUUGCACUCGUUCUCCUCUGGUCUCUCCCAAUAACCAAUGUGCUUGCAGAGCUGCCUCAACCUCAGAACCUGACUCUGCUCACCCUGAACACACAGUAUGUACUGACGUGGGACUGGGACCAGACGACCACAGGCAACUCUGUUACCUUCACUGUAGAGUACAUGGCGAAGUACAAGAUGAAGAUGAAGAAGAAGAACUGGAGCCGUGUGUGUGAAAGGACCACACGCACCCGCUGUGACCUCACAGGUUCUGAUCUGCACUACCUGGGAAUGUACGUUCUCCGAGUCCGAGCCAGUGCAGACGGAGUCAACUCGGACUGGGUCAACAAAGACUUCUGCCCUGAUAUAGAUGCUUCGUUGGGCCCACCGUCCAGGGUGGAGAUGGCUCCUGUGGGGAACCUGCUGGAUGUGACCAUCUCUGACCCCCUGACCAGCACCCAGCACUCCAUGAAGAAACACGUCCUUUUCCUGUACUACCGCAUCCUGUACUGGAGCCGCUCUGAUGACCCUCAGGGUCUGAAGCCUAAACUGUUGGACUCUAGCAACAACCUGGUGACGCUGCCUGAGCUGGAGGCCUGGACGUGGUACUGUGUCAUGAUCCAGUCUCGCUACGACUACUACAACAAGACUAGCAGCUACACAGAACCCCAGUGCAUGCAGACGGAGGGUGACACCCCGUACGGGCAGAUCUUCCUGUACUUCCUGGUCUCCAUGAUGGUGUGUUUCCUGCUCGUGUUGCUUCCCUCCUACGCCUUCUUCAGGUUCUACAGAGUCCUCAAAAACACAUUUUACCCCUCUAUCCAGCUGCCUGCACACAUCCAGGAGUACCUCUGUGACUCCUCCCCCGGCUCUGACAUGCCCCGCCUCCUCACUGCUGAUUCAGAGGCGGAGCUGUGCUGUGAUAAGCUGACCAUCUGUCCUGAGGUGGUGCUACUGGAGAUACACGUCCCUCCUCCCCUCACAGCGCCCCCCUCAGAGCUGGAGCAGGACAGCGGCAGGCACAUCCGCCAGGACAGCGGAGACUCUGGAAUCUACUCCACAGAGGGAGGCUCCGCCCAGCAGGGUCGUAGUGGUGGGGAGCCAAUCAGGAGAGACCAGGAAGUGGACUCCUGGCAGACACGGGUGCAGGUCAAGCUGGAGGAGAUGGGAAGAGAGUCGGCUGACGAAAGAGAUCUGGACGAGGGGGUUGUGGAUGUUUGCGUCUGAGGAGAAAUGGAGAGAGGAGAGCUGGGUGGAAAGCAUCAAUGAUGGUGGCGGUUUGUAACGAGGAAAUGAGAAUGGUUGCACAGAAUGUUCUCAAGUCUCCGUCUUGCUGCUUUUCCUCAAAGGACACUGAAGACGAUGACGUCUCUGAGCCAAAGACGCAUCGUCACCUGUCCUGCCUACAUUAAAGGAAACAUCUACUCCAAAUAUCUUAUGAUAUUGUUUCAUUAAGUCCACUGUUGAUACAGUCCCAAAAUGUUUUGCAUGUCGACAGAUAGGUUUUCAAAAUAUUGGACUUUCAAGAAGCAAAGUGUCACAUAAUGUAAAAUGCAUCAUUGUGUGCCAAGUGACACUUUGCUUCUUGAAAGUCCAAUAUUUUGAAAACCUAUCUGUCGACAUGCAAAACAUUUUGGGACUGUAUCAACAGUGGACUUAAUGAAUUCCAUGUUUCUGUGUUUUUUUUUUUUUUCAAGGGUAUAGAAACAAGCUUUAAAAUGUCAGAUUUAGUAUGGGGGGGGCCCAUUUCACUUCAAGAUGUCUAAAACUCCCCAGUCCAUCUUGCUUUUCUAUGGCCGGUGUAAUGACUGACAUGUUUUAGUGUAGUUUGGAACACGUUUAUCUCAUCUCAAGACUCGGCUGGUCACAGCCAAGGGCGUACUUUCUUGUUUCCAGUGAAUUCUGAGACCGUCGCUCCAUUUUUUGUGUCCUGUGAAGUGUGUGAAUCCAGGGGGAAACAGGGUAGCUCAUUGUGUUUAAACAACAGGGUAUCAGUUUUAACCAUUUCAAUCCCAAAAAAUCAACCUAUUUUUCCAGUCAAGACAUUUUCUUGAAAAGGAAUGGUUCUGGUUAAUUCAUCUUCAAAACGAAUCCUGUCGUGUGUUUGUGUGUGCCUUGGAUAGAUAAGAGAGUACAUUGGCAGCAGUGCAUUUCGGGUGUGGGCGUGUGUUGUCAGUGUAAGUACUGAAUGUUUGAGAGUCGUGUGUGUGUGCUUAGUAUAGAUGAUAGACAGUACAUUGGCAGCAGUGUAUUUGGUGUGUGUGUUGUCAGUGUAAGUACUGAAUGUCCUGUGUGUACAUAGUCACUGCACGUAGUCCGGGUAGCCAUUUGAAGAGCUAUUUCGCAAUCUUAAGGCUUGGUUAUAGAAGCUGUUCAGGGUCGUGUUGGUUCCAGACGUGGUGCACUGUGGUUGCUUGAGUCUUUCACAACGUUUGGGGCCUUCCUCUUGACACCGCCUGGUAUAGUGGUCCUGGAUAGCAGGGAGCUCUGCCCGGGUGACGGACUGGGCCGUAAUCCGUGGUGGUUUGCCCUGCCACAUCUGAGUGCCUGUUUUUUAUUGUUACCUUUAGAAACGUUGAAUUAGUUUUGUCCUUUUAUGAUUCUUAUAGAAUCUGACAUCAGGAAGUGUCAUGUUUUCUCUCUGAUACCUUUUAUUGUUUGACUUCAUCUUUGUUUUGAAAGGUGCUUUGGUCCAACUGUUACUGAUUGGGCCCCUGAGUCUUAAACAAGAACUGAAUCCCUGAAGGUCUAUGUUUAUUGAUGUCUCUCUUCCUCUUUCUGAUGGUUUGUUCGCUGAGGUGGAACAACUUCUACCUAGAGCAGGGCUGCCCAACCCUCUUCCUGGAGAUCUACUGUCCUGUAGGUUUUCAGUCCUGGCCUAGAGGUUUUGCCACCACAUUUUGUCAAAGUUAAAACAAGGAAAUAAUAAUCAGCAUAGCAUUUGGAUAAGAAGUGAGAUGAAACCAAAUGCAUUAACAAAUCACCAUACCUUGCAUCUGUCAAAGCCUCAUAACCACAGCCAAUGCAAAUAUUUAUCGUCUACGCUUUAUACCAAGCUGACGUCUGACGCAGAGUUAUAUUUACCUAAUGUGAGUUAAGUAGUGAAUAGUGUUCCCAAAAUAUUGUCGCAUUGUAUAUCGUUGGGCAUGCUGUACAAUACUGAGAGCCAGUUUCAUCAUAGCGCUUGAUGGUUUUUGCGACUGCACUUGAAAUGUUCUCCAUUGACUGACAUUCAUGUCUUAAAGUAAUGAAGGACUGUCAUUUCUCUUUGCUUAUUUGAGAUGUUCUUGCCAUAAUACGGACCUGGUGUUGUACCAAAUAUGCUGUAAACUAUUGCUUCCAAAUGGAGUUGAAUUCAUAUUAAAGAAAGUAUCUCUCAUCUCAUA